CAACAGUGCGCCCUGAUUGGUUUAAACACGGCACGGAGCAGACAGGCAGACACACACAUGGGUACUGUGAUCGUGGAUGCUAAUACAUCGGAUUUAAUGCAGAUUUAUGACAUCAUUGAUACUGUAUCUCCAGUGAAAGUUAUCAAUAAUGGAGACAGCAGCUCUGGUAGCUCCAUUCACAGCUCUGGAGUUCCUUCAGGAUGCUUUCCUGCUGACAGGUGAGGGUCCAGUCUUGUCAGGGUUCAACCUCCAUCCUCGCCCCAAAGCCUGUGCCUCACUGAGUGUGCUCAAACACCACAGAAUCCACGGGAUACGGCCUAGGAGACUGAAGGCAGUCACACCACAAAGAUCCACCGCUACAGAUGUGAAGGAGGGAGAUGAACUGAGCUCAACAUCGAAGCCCAAGUUCCAUGACCUGGCAGUGUUUGGUGGCAAGGCUGUGAGGCUUGUGAGAUUCCAUGUGGAUCACCGGGAUGGGAAGCAGCCGCACUUUGAGACUCUGGGCCCCCUCAUGGAGCUACAGGACUGGGCCCUGGAUGCCCAUUGGCUCGCUGGAGACAAACGCUCGCUGCUCUGUGUUGCUGUUGCUCACAAUAGAGCUCUUCUUCUGGACAGCAUUACCGGAAAUGUCCUGGCUCAGCGCUCCUGUCUGGAGGGUUGUCUGCUGUACUCUGCCCUCCUUCUGGUACACCAAUCCUGGUCAGAUGCCGUCCUAGUCGGUGGGACUGUUUUCAACCAACUGGUUCUCUGGAAGCCUGCAGGAGGUGAAACUGAACGUGUGGAUCCCGAGCUCAAAGCUCCAGUUGAGAGACGUCUGCUGGGCCACAGUGGGGUCAUCUUCAGCAUCGCUUACCUGCAGGAGAAAGGAUGGCUGGCGUCCGCCUCCGAUGACCGCAGCGUGAGGGUUUGGGGUGUCGGUGCUUUAGGGGGCCCCGAGGGGAAAUGUGGAGAGCUCAAUCCGGCCUGUUUAAGAGUCCUAUACGGACACCAGGCGAGGGUUUUCUCAGUGCGUCUGUCCCCAGGGAACGUGUUCAGUGCUGGUGAGGACGGGGCCUGUUUAGUCUGGGACUGGGCUGGAGGCGGGAAGGUGGUUUGCACGUUAAAAGGCCACCGGGCCGGGGGGGUUCGCGCACUCGCAGUGAGUGAGGGAACGGGAGACGGAGCGAGAUGGGUGGCUACAGGGGGGGCGGACGGAGGGUUGAGGUUGUGGAGGGUGAAAGCGAGCGAGCAACGGAAGGAAAAAUCGGAGGACACAGCAACAGAGAGGCUAACGGACCUGAAGUUUACCGGCCACGGCUCGCCUAAAGUGGUUUGUAUGGUAGGGGAGGAGGAGGAAUAUGCAAGUUGGAGUCAGAGUAAGUUAGUCGUCUGCACUGAUCAGGGAACAGUUUACCAAUACAGCGCUGGGCAGUGGGAGAUGGUCUGGAAAGGGACUCCUGAGUUUCAAUCUUAUUGUUUGAUGGAAACAACAACCGUCAGUUUAAAGGACUCAACGGCAAAAAUGUAUUUGUGUGCUGUGGGGAACCUCAGUGGAUCCAUACAGGUCUUCUCCAUCGCUUGUCCUCAGUGUGGGAUUCUCCUCGCCGGCGGAACAGGGAAGAUCCACAGUCUCAUUUGGCAAGAGACCAAAGACGGCAUUUAUUUGCUCGCGUCAGGUUCCGAAGGACUCGUCUUUCGCUGGUUAGUGGAGGUGGAAAUGGGUGAAAAUUCUCCCUCGUCUCUGAGCGCGAAUCGCCUCCCUUCUUUCCUCCUUCCUCGCGGCGCCAAACGCUGGCUGACAGCUGCGGUGCGCCUCCACUCCAACGCGCAGGGGGGGCUGUGGGUGUGUGGGGACAGGAGAGGGUCCCUGCUUUUGUUUCAGGACGGAGGAACACAAGAGCACGAGAUGGUGGAUGACCGAAGGAUGGAUGAGGAAAGUGGUCCGGGUGGGGACAGAAAAAGUGAAAGGGGAGAAGUGGCCGACUUGCUGCUGCUGCAGCCGUUGAGCUGCCUGUUCGGGGUGCAUGGAAAACUGGGUGUAACUUCGGUGAGCGAGUACCAGGGACUGCUCUACAGCACUGGCAGGGACGGCUGCGUGAGGGUCUUCAGGGUGCUUCCAGCACCAGAAAAGGGGAAUGGAAAGAGCGUGGAGAACAAAGGGGGGCUUCAGCUGGAGGUUCUCAGAGUCCAGCGGGCCUGCAAGGGUAUGGAGUGGCUGGAGAGGGUUUUGAUCCUCGAAUCUGACAUUUCAGCCGAGGAGGAGGAGGAGGAUCUAGGGAAGGAGUUUGAGAACCACUACAAGACAAAGAAUUUGUCAGGAAAGCUGGAGGUGACAGAGGCGAGAGAAGAGGAGGAGAGCUUUAAAAGGGAAGAAGAAAAUCACGGGAGAGAAGCCAGGUUCGCCAUCGUCGGCUUCCAUGCCGUCCACUUUGUGGUUUGGGACCCCGUGAGGCAGGAGAGGUUGUUAGCUGUACCUUGUGGUGGGGGCCAUCGCUCUUGGCGUCUCUGGCCGUCGCUCAAAGGGGUUUGGCCCGGAUACGGAGCUCUGGUCUUCAUCAAGCAGGGGGCCGUGGUGGCUUCGCAACCGCCUGGAGGGGCACGGAUCGGUUCCGGGAAGGCAGGGAGGUGCGAAGGGUGGGGCCUGAGAGAGGGCGUCCACGGGAGGGGGAUCGGCUGCGUGUGCCGGCUGGGGGCGAUCGCGGGAAUUGAUGACGUGAAGGAGGCGGAGAGGGAAGAAGAGCGUUGGGAGAUAGUGGCGACGGGUGGAGAGGACACCAGCUUGACCGUCCUGGCGCUGCGUCCCUCCUCCGGCCGCGUCGAAGUCCUCUCAGUCAUCACGGACCACAUUUCCAGCGUCCGGACGGUGACGGCGGUCACGCGCCCAGAGGGGGGGAGGGAGGGCCAGUCGCUCUCCGCCCUGCUCGUGUCGGCCGGCGGGCGAGCUCAGAUGCAGUGUUACCGGCUGCUGGUCGGCUGGGACAGGCGGAGACUGGUUCCCUCCUGCCAGGUGAUCCAGGUGGCCAGUCACCGAUUGGACGAACAGUGGGAGAGGAGGCGGAACCGCCACAAGACGGUGAAAACGGACCCAGAAACCAGGUACAUGUCUGUCGUGGCGGUGGAUGAGAAGACAGACGGUUGUCUUCUGGCAGUGGCCUGCAGCGAUGGAGCGGUCAGGUUGUUCUCGGUCAGUGAAGUCAAACAUCAAAUUGAUUUGCUGUGGGAGACGUUUUACCACCAGCGCUGUGUCCUCAGCGUCGCCGCCUGCAGCCUGCAGGAUGGAAAAUGCAACAAGUAUCAGCUGCUGUUCAGCGCUGCAACAGAUGGCAAAAUUGCCGUGUGGGAUUUGACCGACGCGUCUCUCUUAUGGGCCGGUGCUUCCAGCCGCAGUCCGACUGCACCAAGCCCCUCCUUCAAUGUUCACGCCCACCAGAGCGGCGUCAAUUCAUUGGCCGUCCGGGCGGACAAACUCGGGCAUGAGCACGGUUGCCGGGUAACCGUCGCUAGCGGAGGGGAUGACGGACAACUGACCGUUUCUAUGAUCGGAGUGCAGUACCCAAACGACGCUCCGCUGCCCGAGCCCCGGGUUUCUCUACAAGCCCAGAUCCAAUCCGGGAAGCAGCUCCAUCUCCAUCUGCACUCCCAGUGGCACGUCCCUCUGGCUCACGCUUCCCCUCUGACCGCCCUGAAGCUCCUGAGCCCAAACCUCGUGGUCUCCACCUCUUCGGAUCAGAGGGUCUGCCUGUGGAGGGUCGGCAGUACCGACAUCGGCCACGUCGGGGCGCUGUGCUGCCAUGUUGCGGACGCUGCGGGACUCGCAGUGUGGGAGGGCAAGUUGACGGAGGAGGAGGAGGAAGAUAAACGUAAGGAAAGGGGGCGUGAGUCUGAGCGGGAGACUGCGGUUUGUCGGCGGAGUCAGACGGGUCUAAGAGUGACGCAUCAGACGGCGGCGCGGUUUGAUAAGGACCAGAAAACAAAGAACGAGGUCGAAGACGGAGAACCCGCUGAAGCCGGGAGAGGGGCAGGUGACCCGGUUUGUCAAACCAGCAAUGAGAGGGGAGGCGAGACUGCUGCUGAGCGUAGACGGCAAAGCGGGGCGGACAGCUUGGGUGAGACGGAGAGUGAGGUGAACACCGAGAGGGGUGUCAGGGCCUGCUGGGAGAGCCAGGAAGAGGGAGGAACGACGGGAUGGGUGCUCGUCUGCGGACAGGGCCUCCAGCUGCUACGGGUCCCAAAGGCAGAGAGAGAAGUAGGAGGGACGCUCCAAGUUUAGCGUUGAGAGAAAAGUCUACAUAAUCACGAGAGCUGUCACCCAAGCAAUGAUUAUUUUCAAUGUACAUAAUUCUUUUAAAUGAUUUUAUAUCUUUAAAACUUGUUGAGACACAGCAAUUGUUAUCAAAUAAUUCCAAUAAUGUUUUAAAUAAAAUUGAUUCUCAUUAUUUACAGGGUACAUUGUGACUACAGAAGACAUCUGCCACUUAUGAGUUACUGAAGAUUUAGUAAAAGUAAAUAGAACGAUAUAAAUACUUCUGUAACAGACCAAAGCUUCAAGAAAAAUAAAACAGAUUUUUAAACUGAUUAAAGUUUGUCUUGAGUUCUCUGGCAACUAAAUACAGUGUCUAAAGGAUCCAGGAUCCACUAAAUCCGUGUCUGGAUCCUCGUAGCAGCCGAAAGCCAUCGGUGCUCAUCUACUAAAACAUCGUCAUGGUUAUUUUCAGACAAUAUUUAAACCGUCUGUGAUGUGUUUAGGCCAUCUGUGGCUUCCCCCAGGGGCCCUGAGCAAAGAUGCCUGAAAUGAAUGGAGUUAUUUUUAACAACAACAUUUUAAAUAGAGCAUGUUACGCGUAUCAACCAGCCAGUCAAUAAAGCUGUUUACUUGAGGAGAGCUUUAGGACUCUUUAUUUUAUGUCAGAUCAAGGCCAAACCAAAAGACUGCCUUUGCCAAAUGUCUCCCAAAUCAGGUAAAAAAGGAAUUGGGAGAUAAACGGUAUCCGUUUUGUCCAGACCGCACUUCAAAUAGUUCCCGGGAGUUUAGCCUCUCUGCUCUGUUUAGAGUAUAAACUAAGUGUAGAGCACGAUUAAGCUUAAGUGUGUAAUACAUCCGUCACUGUGUAUGUGUGUAACCGAGCCCACUGUGCCUGUGUGCUGAUAUGCUAAGUUACCGCUAUAAAGCAGAAAUGUGUUAUGACAUGAAUUGCUAAUACUGCUUAGGUGGGAGGCUGCAAUGGGAGUGUGCACCAUUUUUUUUGUUGUGGGAAUAUUGUGCGUGUGUCAGAGUGUCUGGCCGAUAUGCAAAUGUAGCUGUGCCAGAUGACGCGUGAGAGGACUGACAGCAUGUAACUCUGCAUUUAAUGUCAUACAGAGUGUGUUGGUUCACAAUCACCUGCCAAGAAUUUAAAUGUAUAAAAUUGUGUGUGUGAGACGUUUGCUAAAUGAGACGUGCGUGUGUGUGUGUGUGUGUGUGUGUGUGUGUGUGUGUGUGUGUGUGGAGGGCCAGGUGGGGGUUAGGGCCCAUGAAGGGGCCGACUGCAGGUAUCCAUGAAUAUUUUAAUAUUUUAGCCUCGUCUCGCGUUGCCUUUUGUCAAGUACGCAUCUCCCCACCUGCCACUCACAACGGAGAUGAAGAAGGGAGGAGGAUGAGCGAGGGAAGAGGGGACGAAGGUGCCGCGCAUUGUCUUUGUUCUGUUGGACAGAAACAAAAGAAGAAAGUGGGGGAGUGAAAGCAAGAGCCAAAGUGUGUAACCACCACUGUCACUUACAGGUGGCAGAAAAGGCCCAGAGAAAGCAGCAGAGGGUAAAACAAAGGGGGGAGGGGAGGGGGGCAGAAAUGGAGAAGGCACCUGCUGCUGCAGCAUUACUGCCUGUGUGUGCCGGGUCACGGAAGAGAAAGUAGGUGUGAGACAGCUGAGGAGACACGGGGAGAAGUAGUGAUUGAUGAGAGGGGGAGUGUAAGGUGAGACACAGGGAGGAACAACCAUUGCAGGCACCGGCAAGAGGCGUGUGCCUGCAAUGCAUUUCAAACCCGGGACUGAGUUUUUGUUUUAUUUUAGUCACCUUCAGCCCUCGAGCAACAUGAGCAAGGAGAUAAAGUGGGUUAUGGAGGCCGGCUUGAGAAGAAGUCAUCAGCGUCCGUGCAGAUAAAAGGCCCGGGCGGGAAAUUGUACCUGCGUUCUUUUCGAGGACCCUCGCGUGAGAGAGUCUGUCAAAGUGCAGAAGGGACGACGGUUUACAACCAUCAGAGAGGCUCCCGGAUCGGUGAUGUCACGUGACCGGCUGCCUCUCAUCGACUCCUCUGGAAGUAAAACAACAGGGGCCAAGCCGUCGCUCGCCCCGCCUGCCCUCCAGCGCCGCCAUCAGGUCAAUCAACGAAAACGCAGCCAGCAGCGGACGUCGUCGUCCGCCGCCCCUCAGCCUCGCCCGGGUCCUCCUUCCAUCCUCGUCUCAGACACCACCAUGACACCGUGGGCCGGCUUGGCUCUCUCCGAAUCCUCUUUCGCUUCAAUACCCCUGCCUCCGCCUCCGCGAGCUCCUCCACUACCACCUCCACCCCCUCCUGCUCCUCAGCCCACGCCUUCCGCUUCGUAUCAUGGGAGGCAGGAGGACGAUGAGGAAGUUUCAAGUUCAAGUUUUAACUCCGAGGCUCCAUCUCCACCCGGUGCGGCCCCUCGGGACAGUGAGGGCGCAGGAGUGGGGAGAGGUUUGCGGGCGAGGCGUAGGCCGAUGCCCCAGCGGCGAGUGCCUCGUCCCCCCCGUCUCCCGCCACUGCGUCCCGUCACCAACCUGAGCUUCUCCCGCAGCUUCACCUUUUCCUUCUUCGAGCUGCCACAGCACCAGGCGCCUCGCUGCCGCGCCGAACGCGCCAGAAACCUCCUGCUGCUUUUGAGACAGACGCACUUCUAACGAGUCUGUUCUAUUAACGCUGCGUUUCAAACAUCAGUGUACCACUGUUCGAUCGCAUUGUCGAGGAAUCGUUGUCUCGGCGUUUGUGACUCACAUUAUGGUCCCACUGAAUAAAGUUUUUUUUUUUGGUAUCUAAUGACCAGAGCAAACAAUGCAAUGUCUGUUCUAUUCUCAUUCAAGGUACAAGGUCCACCUACUGUGAACACAACAAGGUUGCGCAACCUAAUAAAAUACACAUAAAAUGCCACUGCUACAUCUCUGGACCUGAGGACGGAUUGUUUGGCCCAGCUGUGCGUGUUUGGCCUCUAAACUGUGUUUUGCUGUCCUUUGGCUGUUAUCUGUUCCAAUGUUGCUGACAGCUGGAGAGAGAAGAGACACACGCUUUGCAGGGAGGACUGAUGACUGGAGCCGCUCGAUUACCCGCGGAUUCACGUGAUCACGGAACCUGUGACACUGCCUCCGGCUCCUGAUGCCGCACACGUUCCCCUGUUUACUCUGUCGGCCCGUAGCUUCCACUUUGUUGCCUCUUCAAUGAGCCCCCAGACCCGUCUAAUGAGACUGAAUCCCCCACAAACCCAAACUCUCACACACAAGUCAGGAGCUACAUCUUGUUAUUUUGUCAUACCUUGUUUCAGGGACAUUUGGACGGCUGGUUUAAGAGACUUUUGAAAUAAUAACUCUUAAAUAAUUGUGGGAUUAUGUCAGCAUGAGUGAUGAAAUUCUUUGCUUCUUGAAAAGUUUUUUCUUUUGAAAUGUAAAUGAACUUGGAAUCAUCAGUGAUUUUGAGAUAAAAAAUAAUUUUGUCAAAAAUUAGAUUGAUUACCUUUUGUGCUGCAAACAGCAUUUAACUCGGUUAUUAUCUUACUUUUGAGUUUUCAUCUUGAUACUUUCCUUAAAUUCACAUAAAUAUCUAAUGAACGUCAAGAUAACAUUUAUCUAUGUAAAAUACCAUAUGUACCAUAUAAAGUACCAUAUGUAAUCAACAACGUUACCAUACAUUCAAUGUUUGAUUUGUCGUGUCAAAGUGUGUAAUGACACUUUUACAACUUUUGUAAACUUGUAAGUCUGAAACUGUGCGCAGAUUUUAGACUUUUCUCUCUUGAAUUUUCAGUCAAUAAAGUUUCUGUUUAAGGUUU